AUGAUUUUCGCUGCAAUUGAGACCUCAGAAGACUGUAAAGACUUUGACUUCAAUUGCAACGACUGGGUGGCGCAAGACGCGACAAUCUGCGACAAAACUCCCUACAUCAAACAAAGUUGUCGAAAGUCUUGUGGCUAUUGCAAAUUUUUGCCAAGAAGUGAGUUUUCACUAUGCAUUUGGGUUACAGCACAUAACUUAAUAGAGAGAAAACGCGUAUUUUACAAUUCUUUUCAGAAUUCGACAUUAGCCGAGUGCCCUCAAACUUGCAACAUUUGGCAUUUUUAAUUGGAAUUUGGCGGUCCGAACAUGGAGGCAAGGCGUUCUUCCCAACCAUUCCCAAAUUUACCUACGGCGAACAGUUAGAGUUUGCCUUGUCUGAUAAACAUAUGGGAGCCAUACCGGCGCUCAAUUACACGUAA